AUGAAUUUAAAAUUUUCCUUAAUUUUAUUUUUUCUCGUCCUUUGUAAAGGAAUUGAAGGGGGAUUGGUGCCAUUGAAAGAACCACCUCCUGUGUUGAAUGGUCGACAAAUUCAACACGUAUUGAAUUCUGAUAGGAAUGGUGGUGUUAAAUACAGCAAUAUUCCAGUUUAUGGGAGGACUGAAAAGGGAAGGAUUGGGGAAGAUAAAGGAAUAGGAAAUGGGGAAGGAAAUGAAAGCAAAACUGCAAAAUUAAAUAAAAAUGUUCAAGACAAGGAGGAUAAAAAAAGUAAAAAAAUGAAAAACAAAAAGAGACAAAAUGAGAAAGCUAUACCUAAUUGGAGCGCAGGAAAUCCUUUUGCUGUACUAGAUGGGCUGGAAGAAAAAUGGGAAAAGAAAGAAAAUAAAAAGUUGAAAAAAGUAAUUGAGAAAACAGAAAUUGAAAACAAUGAAGAGGAGAAGGAAGAAGAGAAUUGCAAUCGAAAUUGUGAGGAAGUUGUGUGUGAGGAUGAGGAAGAAAUUGGAGGUUCUUGGCUUUUUAAAUUUAUUGAAAGUUUUAAGAUUUCUCUUGCGCUCUAA